UGAAAGUUGAUCAUCAGUAAAAGAUAGCACUGUCGGCAAUGAGGAAUUUUGUAGCUUAUAACUCCAUCCAUUUUCGAAAUACGCUCCUUGGCCAAGUUGCUGGAUUUCGGCACAUGUGAUCUUUUACAUAUUUUGUGGUUCUAUGUACGAUACUUGUUCUCAUUCUAGGUUAUGUUACAUUAGGUUAGGGUUACUGAGAUUAUUCAACGGUGUAUUCGCUGUUCCGUCGAUCCCGUUGCAAUGAUUAAUUUUGUACGAUCGUUGAUCACAAGGCAACUUAUAAUUUCGUCAAAAUGUAGUAAGAGGUAUGCUGGACACAGUAAAUGGGCGAAUAUAAAGCAUGACAAAGCUAUCAUCGAUGCAAAGCGUGCUUUAAACUUCAACAAGUUACGUCGACUGAUGUGCGUUGCCAUAGCAGAAGCUAACAAUAAUGCUGAUCCAUUCACAAACUAUAAACUAGCACAAAUUAUAGAAAGAGCUAAAAAGGCUGCAAUGCCUGCAGCUACUAUAAACAACGUGCUAAAGACGGCUUCAACGUCUAAAACACCAACAAUAUCUGGACGGGUCGAUCUUCGUGGGCCAUCAGGAGCUGUAAUUCUAGCUGAAUACGCAUGCGACAAUGUUGUACAAUUUAAAAUGAGCAUAAAUACAUUGUUAAGGAAGUUUGGCUGGUCGACAACUGAUCCAGGUGUUGUGCAUAUGUUUGAUCACAAGGGAGUAAUAACGACUGAAAUUCAAGGGGAUUUGGGAUUGGCGACAGAUCACGCAAUUCAGGCAGAUGCCGAGGAUGUAGAAGAGUUCGAACACAACGAUAUUAAAGAAUACAAGUUUUUCUGUGAACCCAACUCUCUGUUCAAUGUGAAACAACGACUGUUGGAUAUGAAUUACAAAGUGAAAUCUGCAGAGGCGCUAUAUAUUCCACGAACACUAGUCAACUUGAGCGACAGUGAAUUAUCAAUAGCCAUUACACUGUACGAUAAACUUGAAGCUAAUGAAGACAUAGUUAGAUUACAUGAUAACAUAGCAUAA